AUUUUCAAUGUGUUUAAAACCUUCCAUAUACAUGAUAUACUCUAUGAGCUAUGAAAGUAAUUAUAUUACUUUUACAAGGUCAUAUUUGUUUUAAUUAUUGUUCGUUCAUUUCGUAGUAAAGAUAUUGUUUAUAUUUUUUUUAGAAAUUAAAUACUAUUCUCUAAAGUGUCCCUUGAAUACAAUUUGAAUUUGUCCACUUAAUGUCUUUUAACGUACGAGAUUACGGAUUGGACUACGUAGAUUCGUCAUCGCCACGUGAUAGAAGAAGAAUAGAAGAUUACGGAUGAUAAGAAAUUAACAAACUUUAUAUAUUAAUGUUCUAAUAAUCAUUUCGUAAACAUGAUAAAAGUUCCAUUAGUGCGAUGGGUUCAAAAUAACUUCGUCUAUUCGACUUCUCAACAUAUUAUAUUUAAAUUUCCAAAAUGUACAAUUGCAAAUUUGAAUAAUAUAGUGAAUAAGGCUGAUAAAAACACAACAAAUUGGAAAGAUGCUUUAUAUAGGACUAUGAAAGUUUAUCCUAAUUUUAUUACCGAAGAAGAAGAAAUUUCUUUGAUGAAAGAAAUUGACCCAUAUAUGCAACGUUUACGAUAUGAGUUUUCGCAUUGGGAUGAUGCUAUUCAUGGUUAUAGAGAAACAGAAAGAAAACAAUGGAAUGAACAAAAUAUGAAAGUAAUUAAUAGAAUACGUCAAAAAGCAUUUCCACCAGGAAUGCCACAAUUAAAUUUAGUGCAUAUUUUAGAUUUAACAGCUGAAGGAUGGAUAAAGCCACAUGUUGAUAGUGUUAGGUUUUGUGGAGAUGUAAUUGCUGGACUGAGUUUAUUGAGUGAUAGUGUGAUGCGCCUUACAAUGGUUAGUCAUGAACAGGAAUACAGAGAAGAUUUUCUUCUACCUCGCAAAUCUUUAUAUAUUAUGAAUGGUGUGGCAAGGCAUAAAUAUAAUCAUGAAAUUUUAAGAUCAGAGGAAUCCUAUUUCCAAGGACAAAAAAUACCUAGAAGUCGUCGUAUAUCUAUAAUAUGCAGAAGUGAGGUAGAAGGAAAUAUAGAAUAGAUAAAAUUGUUUCAAUAAAAUAUUUUUAGAUAUAUCAGAUUAAUCGUCAAUGGUAUAAACUAUUCGAAAUGUGUAUUAUUAUCAUCAUAUUCGUACAUUGGGCAGCAUGUCUUGAAUAUUACAUACCAUUGAUAGUGUCUAAUGUUUUUGGGAG